AUGUCGUUAAAUGCUGUUCAAACCAAAGCGUGUGUGGAUGACGAAUCAGUGGACUGUGCAAGAUUGAAUUCUAUCUUUAGCAUCUGUAGUGACGUAGCACACGCUAAAAGCGUUUGUGCAAAAUUCUGUGGACUCUGUAUGGUUGACGGAAAUUGGACUUUGUGGUCAACAUGGAGUAAAUGCGAUGUUACCUGUGAAAAUGGACAUCAAACUCGGACUCGAACCUGCACUCAUCCGGCACAAAAGAAUGGCGGCCUUAAUUGUGUUGGAGACGGGAUAAUGACAAAAGUUUGUAAGAAAGAACAACCAUGCCCUGUUCAUGGCGGGUGGAGUGAUUGGUCAAAUUGGGGCACGUGCUCAGUAACAUGUGGCAUGGGCUUGCAACGUCGCACAAGGACAUGUUCUAAUCCACCGCCAAUUCUCGCUGGAAAUCAUUGUUUCGGAGACAGAUCUGAAACACAACUUUGUAUGCCUUCACCAUGUGCAAACGGCGGUUGGAGUGACUGGACUUCAUGGAGUUCAUGCAGUGCAACUUGUGGCGGAGGAAUAAGAACUCAAACGAGGUCAUGCUCGAAUCCUUCCCCAUCACCAUACGGACAAAGUUGUGUAGGAUCAAAUGACAGAGUGGAGUCCUGUGCUAAUAAUAACUGCGGUAUGACAUUUGACUGAGAUUGAUUACAAGAAAACAGGACGUUUCAGUCACAAACUGAAUCUGCCACAAUGUCUCAAUUUAUUUUUACUUAUAUACUACGAAAUGUUUGUUGCAUACAGCAUGUUUAUACUUUUUUGAACUUAUACAAAGUGGGACCGAUAUAUCUUGGACGGAAACGUCUUGGAGUCAAAUUGACGCAAAAUCGCU